CCAUCGGGAUGUUGCGACGACAAAUGACAAAUCGGAACAGAUGAACAUGCUUCCAAGAGGAAUCAGGAUGAAGCAAGUGGACAGGCCCGGCAAAUAUGCUCUAACAAUCGGCCACGAGUCAGGAGUACAAAUACAACCCGCAGCACUGAUGGCCUCUCCACUUCAUAUACCUUCCUUCCUUCUUUCAUCCUCCUCCUCUCCCUCUUACUUACUCUCCCUCCUUACUCACUUUUUUUGUCGGCCGGGUGCCGUUUCAUCUUCGCUGUCAAUUUCCCUUGGGCUAUACUUCGCCAGCUAGGACUGCCUCAAUCUUUUGAUUUUUUUCAAUUAAAGGACAGGAUCUAGAAUUACAAUGCAGCUCUUCGUUUCCUUCUCUACGCUUUUGACGAGUCUGCUCCUUGCAAUCUCUCUUACGGGCGAUGUCGAUGCUCGCCCAGCGAAGCGCGAUGCGGGCACCAUCACCCUCCCGCUCAAGCGCAUGACACAGGCCCGGAGCGAUAUCCACCCCCAAAUCCUCCUGCAACAACACAUGAACCGUGGAACGAAGCGCCUCGCGCGCAUGAGUGGUCGUGCUGCUCCGUCUGAAUUGGAGCUGCGCGAGAAUAUCCACAAGCGCAUGUAUAUCCCUGCUGGUGGACGUAAACCCUUGGCCGGCAAGCGCACAGAAAAACGCUAUAAUCGCCAGGGUGUGGUCCCAAUGUCGAGCAAGCCUGCUAACCAGGCAAACUCCUUAGCUACUUCAUCCAAUGAUGAUCAGACUAUCAACUAUGGCGAUGCUGUCGAUGCGCUAAAUGAGAUUGUCAAUGGCGGGAAUGACCUGGCUAGAAAACACAAGAACAAAAACGGUGGAGCUGGAGGUGCUAUUAACGGUGCUGGAGGUGCUAACAAUGGUGCUACUGGUGGAGGCAAUGCCACGGGUGGUGGUGCCAACUCGGGAAACUCAUCUAGCACUAGCGGUGGAAUCUCUCAAGCCGACAUCAACGCCGCUUUGGGUGGCGGCUUGACUCCGGCAGACCAACCAUCUGCACCUGACACCCUUGGGCUUGACAUUGAAGCUAAUGACGUCGGUUACAUCGCGACCGUGCAGAUCGGCACUCCUGGAGCGGACUUCAAAGUCCUCAUGGAUUCCGGUUCCGCUGACUUCUGGGUCGGCGGAGAGAACUGCCAGUCUGAAGAUGGUGGGGGCUGCGGGAACCAUACCUUCCUCGGCACCGGAUCGUCUUCUUCCUUCGUUGAUACUGGCAAGCAGUUCCAAGUCACCUACGGAUCGGGUGAAGUCCAGGGCAACAUCAUCACCGACAAUGUCAACUUUGCUGGACUUAACCUCACGACGCACACAUUCGGCGUUGCCACAACUGAGAGUGUACAAUUCUCGAGUGACCAGACGACUUUUGAUGGCUUGAUGGGUCUUGCACAGUCAACGCUUUCGGAACAGGGUGUGCUUACACCUGUUGAGUCACUCGCGAAGGACAACCAGAUUAACGGUGCGAUCACGUCGUUCAAACUCGGACGUGUCGCAGAUGGGAACAAUGAUGGGCAGGUUACCUUUGGUGGACUUGAUACGAGCAAGUUCGAUCAAGCAACGUUGACGACGCUCAACAAUGUAAACACACAAGGUUUCUGGGAGGGUGCUAUGGACGCCGUCACUGUUGGUGGCCAGGAUCUCGGACUUACUGGACGCACUGCCAUCCUCGACACCGGUACUACGCUCAUCAUCGCCCCUACGGAUGACGCCAACGCCGUACACGCCGCUAUUCCGGGCGCGAAGUCUGACGGCCAGGGAGGCUUCACCCUCCCUUGCACCAGUUCCAGCCAAGUUGCCCUUAGCUUCGGCGGCCGCUCCUUUGCCAUUGACCCGCGCGACUUGCUCUUCCUCCCCGUUGACCAGAACGACCCAACAGGUGACUGCGUGUCCGGAAUUUCCUCAGGCCAGAUUGGUGGUGCGAAUGAGUGGCUAGUCGGCGAUGUGUUUUUGAAGAACGUCUACUUCUCGACAGACGUAGAUAAGAACCAGAUUCAACUUGCUAACCUUGCGUAGAUGCGGAGUCACUUUGUUUUUCGCGUGCUUUAUGCUUUUUUAUGAGCUUGCUUUUGAUGGUGGUAUGUGCUGAGCGUAGAUCGCUCAGUACUUGCUACUGUUGGAUACAGCUUAUUUGUCCUUGCUACGUAGCUGCUCACGAUGCGUUCGUUACUUACACACUUAAAUAUUAUACAUCUGGAUUUCGGUCGUUCACGAUAAUUGCAACUCGCUUUUUCUUUGACUUUCGUGCUGUAGAGUAGUCCUAUCUUGGUCAUUGAAUGGUGAAUAAAAGGAAAAUUGAC